AUGUCUAAGCCUAACAUUGAUGACGAUUUAGUUCCUGAAAAAGUAGAAGGAUACACUGUUGGGGAGAAGAAAACAAUUGAUGAAUACAAAAACUUAGAUGCUGAAGAUGAAAGUUUAGCUAAAUGGAAAGCAUCAUUAGGAUUAACUGCUGAUACCAAACCAUAUCCAGUUAAACCAGGCGACAAUAGAAAAGUUGUUGUUACUGAGUUGGCCUUGGAAUUUCCUGAACAACCAGAUUUACAACCAAUUAGAAUCAAUUUAGAAGAUAGUGAUGGGAACACUAUUGUUGAUAAAGAAAUAAAAUUCAAUAUUAAAGAAAAAUCAAUUUAUCAAUUAGUUGUUAAAUUUAGAGUUCAACAUGAAAUUAUUACUGGGUUGAAAUAUUUACAUCUGGUCAAACGUGGUGGCAUAAGAGUUGAAAAAGUUGAAGAACCAUUAGGAUCUUAUGCUCCAAACACUAUUGAUAAACCAUUUUAUGAAAGAAAAUUUGCUGAAGUUGAAGCACCAAGUGGUAUGAUUGCAAGAGGUACCUACAGUGCAAUCAGUAAAUUCAUUGAUGAUGAUGAUAAUGUGCAUUUAACAGUUCCUUGGAGUUUUUCCAUUACUAAAUAG